GAUAGUCUUGCGCCGCCUGCAACCGGUUUUACUACACAAUCCGCCAUUUUUUCAGUGCCGCAUCCGUUUCUUCAAACAAAACAUCGAUAAACAAUAUUAACGUUUAAUUGUGGCUGUGGAAGUGCAAUAAUUCAACUGCAGUUCACGUAUCACGAUGACGAGCAGUACUGCUAGUGCUUUUAAGUUCAUCGACGGACUGAAAGAUGUGGAGCAGCUUGUUACUUUCGCGAAACUCGCUGAGCAAGCCGAACGUUAUGAUGAUAUGGCGAGAUCCAUGAGGAAGGUCACAGAAUUGGAGGGUAAAUUAACCCAAGAGAAGCGAAACCUUUUGUCUGUGGCUUACAAAAAUGUUGUUGGUGCACGCCGAUCAUCGUGGCGUGUUAUCUGCAUGAUUGAGCAAAAGGCAGAAAAUGAAAAACGGAAGGCUAUUGCUCAAGAGUUCCGUGUGAAAGUGGAGUCUGAACUGGAUGCCACAUGUAACGAGGUGCUUGGCUUGUUAGAAAAGCACCUGAUUACCGAUGAGUGCACAGAUGAAGAGAAAGUUUUUUACCUCAAAAUGAAAGGUGAUUAUUUCCGUUAUAUUGCUGAAUACAAGUCUGAGCAGGGUCCAGAACGUAUAACUGCUAUUACAAAUGCUGAAGAAGCUUAUUCUAGAGCCAUGGAGCAUGCUAAGAAAAACAUGCCUUCUACACAUCCAAAUCGUCUGGGUCUUGCUCUCAAUUACUCAGUCUUCUACUAUGAGAUCCUAAACUCACCAGAUAAGGCUUGUAAUUUGGCCAAAGAAGCUUUCGACGAAGCCAUUAGCGAUUUGGAGAAAUUACAAGAAAAUGAUUGUAAAGACAGUACUCUGAUAAUGCAGCUUCUUCGUGACAAUCUUACCCUGUGGACAUCAGAUAAUCAGGCUGAAAAUGGUGAUGACUAAUCAGAUCUGAAACAAAUAAAAGAAAUGUUAAACUUGUGAGAGGGUUCGUUGAGGAGACUUGAUGAGCAUGUGCAGUUAUCAAAUGACUAGUUCUUCUUUGACUGUCUUUGCUGUGAUGCAGCUUAUAAUCUUCUUGAUUCUUAGGACAAUACUUACAUUCAGAUCAAUUCAAUGCUACAAACAGUUGUCUGGACUCUGAUUAUUUCAUGAAGUGAUUCUAUCUGCCUUGAUGCACAAUUAUUAAAGUUGUCAAAGAGACAUUUAAAUUAAUAUUUUUCAUAUCAGUUUUUUUUUUUUAAAUUUCAAGAAAUUUUUCAAAUGAAGUUCAAUAUUACUUUCAUUUUAAUUAGCCUAUUGUUAUCCUUCUAACAUUAGAUCUAUUUCAGUACAGGAUUAUUAUAUAAGUAGGCCUAGGCUAUUGUCUUUAUAUAAUUAUAUUUAUACAGUUCUGUAUGUUGCUAUCUUUACUUUAGUGCUGACAGGAUAGUUGUACAUGUAAACAUUUUAUUAGUCUUUGGGUCCUGAAAUUAUUGAAUAUUAUAAAGUUAAAACAUUAAAUUAUCUACUUAAGUUACUUUAAAUAAAAUUAUUCCAUGUUGCCUUUUUCAGUACCCUUAGAAGUAUUUUAAUUGAAAAAUUUAAGUGUGGAAAGCCCCUUUUUUCUCCUUUUGUUUUUAAAUACAAUUUUAAGAUAUUUCUCACAUUUUACAGGCAUUCUUGAAAAUGGUGUUAUGUAUGUAAUAUCUCUUCAGUGUUUUCCAACUAUACUUAGCUGAACAAUGCCAAUAGUGUGGUUAAUUAACUGAUUAAGAAUUUUAACUUUAGUAAAUCUGCUGGUAUUGAUUUUAUCAAUAUAUCUCACUGACCUUUUGUCAAUGAGUUGCCUUGUCAUUCCUUGAGAAAGCCUCACUGUAUGCAUUGUCUUGUGGUCUAAUUUCAAGCUAUAUUUAGAAACAAAUAGUGAUGUUAAUUACUGUAGUUUUAGUAUGGGCUCAUUUUAUGACAAAAAUUUACUUAGUAUUAUAAACGUACUGUAUAACUUAAUUCGAUAGUAGCACUUUUAUUUUGGAAUGGGAAUACUUCACACACUAUUUAUAAAUUUUAGUUGUAUACUGCUAGGUAAACUUAACUUACAUAAUAUAUUAUAUCCUAAACCAUCAUUUCAACAUGACAAUUUCAAGCCAUUGGUCUCUUAUUUUUAGAGUUUUAAAAGCUGUUUUACAGCUUGUGAUACUUUUAAUAGCAUGUUCUUUAGCAAUUCAGUCUCCCUCGUCCUCUACAGGAUAUAAUUGUUAUGACUGUUGUAAAGUGUGGAUGAUCAGGUGAAUUAUGCAUAGCAUUCACUAACAAAUAUCAAAUGUUUUUGCUUUGUAACAACAUUUUCAAGGCCAACUUAUUUCCUGUUCAUCAUAUAAUCUUGCUUACUGUAGUUGGGGUAAAACACAUGUCAGAAUUAAUUCCAUUAUGGAAAGGGUGAGGCAUAAAAAUUUAAAUUUUUGAAAUUUUACAUACCGGUAUUUUAAAAAGAAAAUUACAUUACAGUAAAGUUCAAUUGUCAUAGUCUCAUGUGCUAAAGCUGAGAGUGCUAUUCAAUAAAUUUUCUAUACUCAUAUUUAUAAUCAUUAGUAAUUUUAGCUUUUGAAAUUCAUAAAAUCUAAUUUUGUUACAUUUAUUACCCUGUUUUUAUAGCUUUUAAAUAUGUUUAUCAUGAAAAAUAAAAUGUCAUCAUUGC